AUGGCUUCUAAUAUAUUAGACCAGCCGCUGCUGGCUCUCAAACACACAAAUGUCUCCCGCCCUCAGGUCCACCACCAAGAAUCCCAACAGAGCAUCUCCGCCUCUGAAGACUACUACACCGCGACCGAGAUCUCCAGCGAGAGCGACGAUCGCUCUCAGACCACCAUUGUGCGCCACUCGCCCGACCGUUUCCAGACGCCGCAGCAGAGCUAUGAGCAGCUAGCCGCGCAUUCGUCCCAACUCGCUCCCGUGGCCGAAGGGCGCUGGUCGCAGGAACAGCCUGCUGCCCAACACCACCACCGCUCCGUCGGCUUCGACGAGAGCACCAUCCCCCGCAAGUCUGCUGCACAGCAACAGCGCAGCAGCAACAGGCAGAGCACCAUGGACUCCGAGUCCGUCUCCACCACGCCCGGUGUCGAUGACACGCCCUACAUCCGCUUCGCCAUCGACCAGCUCACUCGUGACGAAGAGGUCCGCGGCUCGAGAAAAUACCCGCCGGCCGCUGGUGCUCACCGCGAUGACUACCCUGUGGAACGCAUCGUCUCCGACGAGGGUCUGGGUUACUUCCACCCGGAGGCGCCCCCGCCGCCUCCGCGAAGCCCAGCCCGCAGCCCUCCCAUCCCGGAGCUGAAUGUGCGGGACAUCUUCGUACCUUACAGCCCUCCUGCCAAAUCCAUUCAGUUUCCUCCAUUGACUUACCUUCCUUCCAUCAUCCGUCCGUUGUGGCUCGGCAUCUUCGCUUUCCUCUGCUGCCUUAUGAUGGCCGGCUUGAUUGUCUGUGCCGCAUGGUCCAUGAACCACGACGGCCUGCUCGACUACACCCAGCUGGGCGGCUCGACUUACUUUCUCUUCCAGUACCUGCCGACGCUGCUGGGCAUGAUCCUGCUCAUCUGGCUGCACCAGAUUGCCGGAGCCGUCCAGCGGGUUUCGCCAUUUAUGGCAUUGGCAGCCGAAUCCGCCCAAUCGCGGUCCAUGGGCACCUUCCUCGACCUGUACCCGACGCAAUUCCUGCUGCCGACGUUCCAGCAUUUCCGCGCCGGCGAGCCAUUGAUCGGUGUCUUCGGGCUGGUGUCCUGGCUCUUUCUCUUCACCAUCCCGCUCCUGGCGGCCUCGUUCAACGUCCGCUACUACGGCACCUACGCCGACGGCCAAUGGCGCUGGGUUGCAGUCCAGGGCGUCAUCUGGACCGCCAUUGCGCUGUACAUCCUUCUCGUGCUCGCGCUCGUCCUGCUGUUCGUCGCGCUCCGCCGUCCCACGGGUCUGAAGUGGGACCCGCGCUCCCUGGCCGACAUUGCCGUCCUCCUCGAGCGCUCCAACAUCAUGGCCGACUACCACGAGACCGAGGUCUUCGACAAGCCCUACGAAUUCCGCGAGCGCCUGGUCAACCGCACCGACCGCCUGGGCUACUGGCACACGUCGAAGCACCCGAGCGACGUGUUCUACGGGAUUGGCGAACCGGGCGGACCGACGAGGCGGUACUCAAUCAUGCAGGGCAAGGUGCGGGAGAAGGGGCCGUCGGAGCGGGAGCAGGAGUUUGCGCCGCUGGGCGCGGACGUGGAGGCAGGAAGGCAGGCGACGGAUCUGCAGGUGGACAUACGCGACGAGCACAUCCGGCGGCGGCAUCUGCCGUGGUUCCUGAAGGACACGUACGUGGUGGCGUGGGUCGUCAUCGCAUGGGUACUGCUGGUGGCGUUCCUGGUCGUCAGCUUCGUCAACCGCGCCGUCCUCGACGGCUUCGAGCCGCAGAUGAGCGCCGCGGCCAACAAGGCCGGCUUCGCCCCCUCCAACUUCUUCUACUCGUUCCUGCCCGCCCUGCUCGCCACGCUGCUCUACCUCUUCAUGCAGACGCUGGACCUCGCCCUCCGCCGCCUGGCGCCCUACGCCGCGCUCUCCACGCCCGGCGGCGCGCCCGCACAAACCUCGCUGCUGCUGUCGUACCCCGCGCAAACGCCGCUGACGGCGCCCCUCGCCGCGCUGCGUAACCGCGACUUCCGCGUCGCGCUCUUCAGCUUCAUGACGCUUGCGGCGGGGCUGGCGCUGCCCGUGCUGGCCGGCGGCGCCUUCUGGACGCAGUUCUACCCGUCCUCGAGCCGGGUGCUGGUCGCGGCGCACCAGAGCGCCUACAUUGCACUGUGCGUGUUCCUCGCGCUGUACGCGGCGGCGCUGGCAGCGCUCGUGCCCGCCCGCCGCGACAUGGCGCUCCCGCACGCGGCGCGCACCCUCGCGCAGACGGUCAGCUGGCUGUACAUGAGCCGGCUGCUGGAGGACAAAGCGUUCGCGCAUCCGGCGACGCGGGGGGAGCUCGUGGAGCGCCUGUGUGGCGCUGCUGAGGCCGGCCGUUUUGCGCACGGUUUUGGCGCCGCUGGUGGCAAGGAGAAGCGCGCGCCGGGCUCGAGCGGGGAGGCGCCGCAUCCGCCUGGCUCGGCGUCGUCGCAGCGCCCGGUCAUGAGUAUGGCUGUGGGGGUCGGCGAUGCGAGCGAGGUCCGGAGGUGGAGUUAUGGCGCUGGCAGCGCGGUGGAGGCUGCUGAGGGGAGGUAUGGCUUCGGUGUUUUUGUGGGAAGAGACGGCGCCGAGCAUUUGGGUGUGGAUAGAGUGGCGCGUGGGGAGGGGAGGCUCUUGUGUUUUGAUUGA